GGAGAAGUGAUCAAUAACUGGUCUGCAGAGCGUCUCUUCUCUCCGUCUGCAGGACGUCCAGCAGGAGAGAGCAGGAAGGCUUCCCCCUUCCAGGACCGGCAUCGCCUCACGGAGUGUGUGUGUGUGUGUCCCCAUGGCGCUGCAGGAGCUGGGCAUCAGCCUGGCCAUGGCGGGCGUCGCCGGCACCAUCCUCAUCUGCGCGCUGCCCAUGUGGAAGGUGACGGCGUUCAUCGGCACGCACCUGGUGGUGAUGCAGGUGUUCUGGGAGGGGCUGUGGAUGACCUGCGUCAGCGAGUACACGGGCCAGAUGCAGUGCAAGCUGUACGACGCCCUGCUGGACCUGGCGCCCGACCUGCAGGCCGCGCGCGGCCUGGUCUGCAUCGGCCUGGUGCUGGGCUGCCUGGGCUUCCUCGUCUUCCUGCUGGGCGCUCGCUGCACCAACUGCCUGGGCCACCCGCGCAUCAAGGCCCGGGUGGUGCUGGGCUCGGGGGCCAUCUUCUGCCUGGCGGCCCUCACCACCAUCGUGGCGGUGUCGUGGACGGCCAACUCCAUCAUCAGGGAUUUCCACAACCCGCGGGUGCCCGAGGUGCUGAAGCGGGAGCUCGGGGCGGCCAUUUACAUCGGCUUCGUCACGUCCGGGCUGCUGUUCUGCGGAGGGGCCGUGCUGUGUGCGAGCUGUCCGCCUCAGAGGGCCAGGUUUCCCUCCAGCGGGUACACGCCGGCUAGAACGGCCACGCCGAGCAGCUACGCCGUCAAAAACUACGUGUGA